AUGGCUGCCGCAGCUAAGAAUGUCGCCGAUAGCAUCUCGGCUCAGGCCAGCGAGCCCAAGAAGCUCUCUGGUCUUGCCCUCUACUCCAGAUUCGCCUUCGCUGGCGCUGUCUGCUGUUCCGUCACCCACGGUGGCCUCACUCCCGUCGAUGUCGUCAAGACCAGAAUCCAGCUUGACCCCAAGACAUACAACACAGGCAUGAUCGGCUCAUUCCGCAAGGUCAUCCAGAAUGAGGGUGCUGGUGCUCUUCUGACCGGUGUCGGUCCUACCUUUGCCGGCUACUUCCUGCAGGGUGCCUUCAAGUUUGGAGGUUACGAGUUCUUCAAGCAGCAGUCCAUCAACAUGAUCGGUUACGAGUCUGCCAGCAACAACCGCACCGCCGUUUACCUUGCCUCCGCUGCCUGCGCCGAGUUCUUCGCCGAUAUUGCCCUCUGCCCUCUCGAGGCUACCCGUAUCCGUCUCGUCUCCGAGCCUACCUUCGCCAGCGGUCUCGUCUCUGGCUUCAGCAAGAUUGCUUCGCAAGAGGGUAUUGGUGCGUUCUACAGUGGUUUCGGUCCUAUCCUCUUCAAACAGGUUCCCUACACAAUGGCCAAGUUCGUCGUCUACGAGAAGGUUGCCGAAGCUAUCUACCAGCGUGUGGAUAAGAGCAAGACAUCCGACGGCAUGCAGACUGUCAUCAACUUGGGCUCCGGUUUGAUCGCUGGUUUCGCUGCCGCCAUCAUCUCCCAGCCCGCCGACACCAUGCUCUCCAAGAUCAACAAGACCAAGGGCCUGCCCGGAGAGGGUACCACCUCCAGACUCAUCAAGAUCGCCCAGGAGCUUGGUCUCCGUGGCUCCUUCAGCGGCAUCGGUGCUCGUUUGUUCAUGGUUGGUACUCUGACUGCUGGUCAGUUCGCCAUCUAUGGUGACAUCAAGAAGGCCAUCGGCGCUGUUGGUGGCGUCGAGAUCUCCAAAUAA